CUCCUCUCUCCGUUGCGCGCAGCGGAGCUCAGUCAGUCUGAUGGAGACUCCGGAAAGUCUCGCGUUUCCGUGACAGAAGCUGGCCGGCGCUUGUCAACAUGAACACCGUUCACGACGAGGAUACGCCUGCUGAAGGUAUAUUUCUCCUAACGCUUGGUAAAGACACCUGUCAGCUCGGGUUGACUGUGGCCACAAUGGUUCGUGAGCGGCUGCACGGAAGACGACUGGAAUAGAGCGACCCAACUCCAGAGAGGCCCUGCUGAACACCGAGGACAAAAUGAAGACAAAUGAUGGACUCAAGAUUAAAAAAGGCAAGCUCUUCUCGGUGAAACCUGAACUUUUUUUUUUGAAGGAAUAACUCCCUUGCUUCUUUUUCUACAUGCCUACUUUGCUUCCAUGUCAGAAUGUCACUAUCAGACUGCAAAUAUGGGAGCAACCAACCCAAGGACCACAAUCACAGCCUCCACAGCUUGCCCAUGGCUGAAAACUACGGGAAAAAGUCUGUCAGGACGUUUUUCGACUUCAGGCACACGAAUGUGCCGGAAAAUCUGGACGUUAAGUGCAUCCCGCUGCUGUUUUUGACGAACCUGCGGCGCAUCUCUAAAGUCAAAGUGGUGAGCUUCCUCCUGGGCUUGACGCUGACAUUCCUCAUCAUGGCGUCUUAUAUCCUGAUGUGGGAAAAAGGACUUUUGUUCACUCCCUCACCCUACCAGCUCAGACCUGCCGUCUUUCUGACUGGCACGGCAACAGCGGCAGUUUCAUCAGAAAAGAAUUUAAUAGACAUGAAAAUGCUGGUGAAGAUCAUCAGCUCCAAACAGGAAUAUACACCCAGGAGGGUUCCUGAUGAAAAGGACAUCGUUGAAACAGACGGACAUUUGUUCUCAGCAAUUCCUCGCUAUUUUUUGCCCGGCAUCAAGAGUCCAUGCUGGUAUGAAGAGUUCUCCGGUGAACUCAGCACUGAUCCAUACAGGAAGAACCUCUUCACACUGCGCUCGAAAAGUUUCAAGACAGUGUGUGACCACUUGAAGACCAACUUCCACCUGCACCUACACCACAGAGACGGCAAACACUUUCGUCUGCGCUGCUUGCCGUACUUCUACAUCAUCGGUCAACCAAAGUGCGGCACAACGGACUUGUUCCACAGACUGCUGCUGCAUCCAGAGCUCAAGUUUAACACCAUGAAGGAGCCGCACUGGUGGACCAGGAAACGCUUUGGUUACAUCCGUUUCAAAGAUGGCUUCCAGGAAAGUUUUCCUGUGGAAGAUUACCUGGAUCUGUUUGACUUGGCAGCCCACAACAUCCAAGAAGGAAUCAGUGGAAAUUCGUCUGGAGACCACCACACACUCCGGCUCAUAACAGGUGAAGCCAGUGCAUCCACAAUGUGGGACAACCAGGCCUGGAGCUAUCUCCAUGGAGACAGGGAGGAGGAAACAGAGCCCCCCUUCCUGGCUCAGGACUUCAUCCACGCUGUCCAACCUGAUGCCAAAAUCAUCAUCAUGCUCAGAGAUCCAGUAGAAAGGCUUUACUCUGACUACUUGUACUUUAAGAUGGCCAACAAGUCAGCUGAGGACUUCCACCAGAAGGUCACAGAGUCCGUACAGUUGUUUGAGUCCUGUCUGUCUGGGCGGUCACUGCGCUCCUGCGUCUACAACACCAGCCUCUCCAACGUCAUGCCGGUGAGACUGAAUCUGGGGAUGUACAUCGUCUUCUUAUUGGACUGGCUGACAGUUUUCCAUCGAGAGCAAAUUCUUGUUCUUCGACUGGAGGACUACGCAGCCAACCUUAAAGUGACGAUAAAGAAAGUUUUUGAUUUUCUGACUGUGGGUCCUCUGUCGGAGCAGGUGGAGGCAGCGCUGACCAAACGGCCCAUGUCCAACACUCGGCGGGCGGCAGACAGGAAUCUUGGUCCCAUGCUUCCAUCCACCAGAGAACUCCUCAGUAAAUUCCAUCAGCCCUUCAACCAUAAACUGGCCAGUGUGCUGGGCAACAAAGCUUUUCUCUGGAGUAACACCUGAAGGGACGAGGAAACGUUGUGAACGAACAAUCAGGCGCAAGAAGCUAAACCCGUUGAAAGAAGCUGUUGUACAAUGGAAGAACUGCCAUGGAAGCUCUUUAAAUAAGUGUGUGGGUCUUGUUUGUGAUAUUUAUUUGAUUUUAAAGAAUGUGUGGCAUCAAGUCAAGAUGAUAAUAAAAUAAACUGAAUUUGUGUUUUAA